AUGCCGCCCAGACAAUCCAAGAACGACUCGCGCGCUGUGACCAUCCUCUUCAAAAAGCAUAAAACCACUGUCCUUCUGAUGCUCCAACCCCACGAAUCCCUCGACUUCACCAAAGAAAGGCUUCUGGAUGCUUUGAAAUCGCGAGAAGUCAAAAACAUAAAUGGCGACAUUGUUCCUGACGACUCCUGCGAUAUUGAGUUCGGUGAGCCUGUCGACCGAGCGGACCUCGAGAAAGGCUGGAAGCGCCUCCAGGCAGAUGCACCAGAAAUAGACGACGAGGGUGCCCCGAAGAGAAAUAAGGGCAAAUCACAAAAUGACUCAGCAACUAUAAUGGAAGCGGGUCUUCAGAACGGACAUGCAGUCGCCUUCCGCUUCUACAAAUCCAGUGAGGGUCAGAAUGGCAGUCUUGAUAUGGAUCUUGAUAUGCAGCUUGAUGGUGAGGAUCCAGGCUGGGAUGUCGUCAUGCCGAGCUACGAGGAUGAUCCAGAGGAACAGGGUCUAACGCAGCAAGCCACCCCCGGGGCCGUGGACUUGUGA